AUGCGGUCGUGGAAAUCAUUGACCCAGUUGACACCGCUCUCGCUCUCGCUCUCGCUCUCGCCCUCGCUCCCCGUCAUCUCGCCAGCAUGGUUUCGCUCGAUGCACGCCACAGCCUCCCAGGCAGCGCAUGUCGCCCCUAUUCUGGGCACCGGACCGCCGCCGGAGCCUCCAACCCCGGCUGUUCGCAACACGACGGAGCGGAUCGAGCGUCGACGCAAGCAAGCGCAUCUUUUGCGACAGGCCAAAAUCAUUCGCAACGCCAAGGACGGGAAAUCCACGACGCUGCGCAAGAGGUUCUGGAAUAGUGUGAGCGUGGAAGAAGUCGAUGGCGCGCUGCAAAUCUUUCUCGAUACGAGACCGCUGCGGCACCCGCAAACCAAAGAGAUCAUCCAAGUGCCGCUGUCGAAACCCAACCUCGCCUUUGCCUUGGCCCUGGAGUGGGAUACUCUCACGUCUGCGCAACAAUCCACAAAGCAGCAUCUCAUCCCUCUGACGAGCCUGGUCUGCAGGGCACUGGAUAUCAAGGACGACGACGCCGCGGAGCAUUCCGAGGCGGGCAAGAUCAGAAACGACAUCACCGCCAACGUGCUGCGGUACCUGGACACUGAUUCGCUGCUGUGUUGGGCACCUCCCGCCGGUCGCUACGACUUGCGAAACGACGCAGGAGAGUCCCUGCGCGACGUUCAAAAGCGGACAACGAAUGAUAUCGUGUCGUUUAUGACGACGCACGUUUGGCCAGGUAUCAAGCUGGAGCCUGUGCUGGACGGAGACGCCAUUUUCCCCAGGAAGCAGGCUGAGGGCGUGCGAGAAGUUGUCCAGGGCUGGGUCUCAGGCCUCACGGCUUGGGAAAUCGCUGGAUUGGAGAGAGCGGUUCUGGCGGGCAAGAGUCUGGUUGCAGCCGCACGGUUCAUCGCCGAGUGGAGCGAAGGGCCGGCCAAACGGCCUCAGCUGUCAGAAGACGGUCAAUUCGGCGUGGAGCAAGCUGCCAAGACGGUCAAUCUCGAGGUGGACUGGCAAGUGACGCAGUGGGGCGAAGUGGAAGAUACUCAUGACGUGAACAAUGAGGAUUUGAGAAGACAGCUGGGGAGCGUUGUGCUGCUCGUCUCGGGGACUGGGAAGGAAAUCUAG